GCCAUAUUGAAUAGACUGAAUGAACUGAGUUCAAAACAUUACGGAUAUUGUCUCAGAUGUGGCUUGUACUGUUUUUGUUUAUACGCUGACGUGUCCCGUUGUCGGAGCUGUAGCCGGAAGCUAAGGAAGAAAUUUAGUCGUUAGAGUUUAAUGCGAUAACGUUCGUUUCGUCGGAGAUCACUGGCAUACCAAGGAAGCUGAAAUGUCUGUGAUUCUACGAGCGUCAAGUUUUCUCUCUCGGAAAGCGAAGUGUGCUUUUUGUGGCAUUCGAUUUUCGUCUUCUGUAACAAGAUCAAGAACGAGUUUGUCAGCUUCAUUGGUUCUUGAAGAUGGAACAUGUCUGAAGGGCUAUUCCUUCGGCCAUAGCAAAUCCACUUCUGGAGAAGUGGUCUUUAACACUGGUCUGACAGGGUACCCUGAAGCACUGACAGAUCCAAGCUACAGAGGACAGAUUCUGGCCUUAACGUAUCCUAUAGUUGGAAAUUAUGGAGUGCCCAGCACAACUGAGCGUGAUAAAUAUGGGUUAUUAAAAUAUGUGGAAUCUGAGAACAUACAGGUAUCAGGGUUGCUUGUUCAAGAUUACUCUCACAACUACAGUCACUGGAAUGCUGUCAAGUCACUUUCAGAAUGGUUGCAGGAGGAAAAGAUUCCUGCUUUGUAUGGAAUAGAUACAAGAAUGUUGACCAAGACCAUAAGGGACAAGGGAACUGUACUUGGUAAAAUAGAGUUCGAAGACCAGCCUGUUGAAUUUGUGGAUCCAAACCAGAGAAACUUGACUGCAGAUGUUUCUGUUGAGAAAACACAAAUAUUUGGUAAAGGAAACCCAUACAAAGUGAUUGUUGUUGAUUGUGGAGUGAAACAGAACAUGAUCAGGCACUUAGUGAUGCGUGGUGCAGAAGUUCACUUGGUACCAUGGAAUUAUGACUACUCAGAUGAUAUUUACGAUGGUUUAUUUAUUUCCAACGGACCUGGAGAUCCUGCAUUGGCAUGGGAUGCCGUUCUGAAUCUGCGAAAGGUGUUGAACAGCAAUCGUAGCCAGCCGAUAUUUGGUAUCUGUAUGGGAAACCAGCUUACAGGUCUGGCAGCAGGUGCAAAGACUUACAAACUGCCUCUUGGAAACAGAGGACACAAUCAACCAGUUAUUAACCAGCUCAAUGGACAAGCAUUCAUUACUUCCCAGAAUCAUGGAUAUGCUAUUGACGACCAAACACUUCCUUCUAAUUGGAGAUCAUUGUUUAUUAAUGCCAAUGACAGAACUAAUGAAGGUAUCAUGCACACAGAAAAACCUAUAUUCACUGCACAGUUUCAUCCAGAAGCAUUUGGUGGACCAACAGACACUGAGUUUCUUUUUGACUCAUUUAUGGAUCUUGUGAAAGGAGGAAAGAACUCAGUGGAGCAUGCCAUUAGAAGACCCUUCAAAGUUCCACCUGCCCCUAAGGUGUCUAAAGUGCUGGUGUUGGGAUCUGGAGGUUUGUCCAUUGGUCAGGCUGGUGAAUUUGAUUAUUCAGGAUCUCAAGCUAUAAAAGCUCUAAAGGAGGAAAAUAUUAAGACCAUUUUGAUGAAUCCUAACAUUGCUUCUGUUCAAACUAAUGCAGAAGGAGAGAAACAGGCCGAUGUCGUGUACUUUGUGCCCAUCACCCAAGAAUUUGUUGAGGAUGUCAUAAGGCGUGAAAGACCUGAUGGAAUUCUAUUGUCAAUGGGUGGACAGACAGCCUUAAACUGUGGAGUUGAGCUGUAUGACAAAGGAGUAUUACAGAGAUAUGGUGUUCAGGUCCUUGGAACACCAAUAGAGUCAGUCAAAGCCACAGAAGACAGACAGUUUUUUGCUGACAAGCUCAAAGAGAUUGGAGAGAAGAUUGCGCCAAGUGUUGCUGUGGAAACAGUAGAAUCAGCAGUGAAGGCUGCCAAUACCAUUGGCUUCCCUGUGAUGGUUCGUGCUGCAUAUGCACUCGGAGGGUUAGGAUCAGGCUUGUGUGAAAAUGAAAAGAAAUUGAGAGAAGUUGCAACACAGGCACUGACUUUAUCAAAUCAGAUUCUCAUAGAGCAGUCGCUACUGGGCUGGAAAGAGAUUGAGUAUGAAGUGGUCAGGGAUGCAGCCGAUAACUGUGUUACUGUUUGUAACAUGGAGAAUUUUGAUCCUCUAGGAGUUCAUACAGGUGACUCCGUUGUCGUGGCACCAAGUCAGACUCUUUCCAAUGAGGAAUAUCACAUGCUUCGAGAAACAGCCCUCAAGGUUGUCCGCCAUCUUGGUAUAGUUGGUGAAUGUAACAUACAGUACGCUCUUCACCCCAAGUCACUGGAAUACUGUAUCAUUGAAGUUAAUGCCCGCUUGUCCAGAAGCUCUGCCCUUGCGUCCAAAGCGACGGGAACAGUGAUGGCAAUUGGUCGAACGUUUGAGGAGAGUUUCCAGAAGGCCUUACGUAUGGUUCAUCCCUCAGUUGACGGUUUUGUAUCAAAGCUUCCCAGCAUGCAUCAAGAAUUAUCAGACGGCAGACUUGACGACGAGCUGGUUGUUCCGUCAAACACUAGAGUGUACUCCAUCGCCAAGGCGUUACACGAGAAUUACUCCGUGGACCAAAUCCACGAAUUGACCAGCAUCGAUCGGUGGUUCUUACACAAACUGCAUCGUAUUGUGGAAAUAGAACGAGACAUGAAGAACCAGGAACUAGGAUCUUUACAGCGGGAAGAUUUGUUAGAGGCCAAACAAGCUGGGUUUUCCGACAAACAGCUAGGAAGGAUGAUUGGAGUACAAGAGAACGACGUGAGGAACGAGAGAAUCAAACAAGGAGUUAAACCCUGGGUUAAACAGAUUGACACAAUGGCUGCCGAGUACCCAGCGAAAACAAACUAUCUGUAUAUGACGUACAAUGGCCAGGAACAUGACUUGGUGUUUGAUGAUCAUGGUGUUAUGGUCCUUGGAUGUGGUCCUUAUCAUAUCGGCAGCAGUGUGGAGUUUGAUUGGUGUGCGGUGUCCUGUAUAAGAACUUUGAGAAACCUUGGAAUCAACACGGUUGUUGUAAACCACAACCCAGAGACUGUAAGUACAGAUUAUGAUGAGUGUGAUCGCCUGUACUUUGAGGAACUUUCCCUUGAAAGAGUCUUGGACAUCUAUCAACAAGAGGUGUGCAAAGGUGCUGUUAUCUCAGUUGGUGGCCAGAUUCCUAACAACCUUGCACUGCCUUUGUACAUGAAUGGUGUCAAUGUCCUGGGUACCUCCCCCCUGAUGAUCGACGCGGCCGAAGAAAGAUCUCGAUUUUCUGCAAUCCUUGAUGAGAUUGGUGUUGGACAGGCCCCAUGGAGGGCUGUAUCAUCUGUGGAUGACGCACUGAAUUUUGCUGCCACUGUGGGUUACCCAUGUCUUCUGAGACCUUCCUACGUUUUAAGUGGAUCAGCCAUGAAUGUUGCUUAUGGUCCAGUGGAGUUGAAGAAGUUUUUAGAAGAAGCUGCUAGAGUGUCUCAAGACCAUCCUGUUGUGAUGACAAAGUUCAUUGAAGGUGCGCGUGAAAUCGAAAUGGAUGCAGUGGCUAAGAACGGAAAGGUUGUCGCUCAUGCUAUUUCUGAGCACGUAGAGAAUGCUGGUGUUCAUUCAGGAGAUGCUACCUUGAUCUUACCUCCACAGACCAUCAGUGAAGAAGACAUUGCACAGGUCAAAGAGGCCACCAGGAAGAUAGCUGAGAAGUUUAACAUUUCUGGUCCGUUCAACACGCAGUUUUUGGCCAAAAAUAACGAGAUUAUGGUGAUUGAAUGCAAUCUGCGCGCGUCUCGCUCGUUCCCAUUUAUCUCCAAAACAGUUGGCACAGACUUCAUCGGUGUGGCUACCAAAGUGAUGGUGAACCAUCCUCUUGACGAACAUGCGCUUCCAAACCUGGACACGCCCCUACAGCCGGUUGGAUAUGUCGGCAUCAAGGCGCCCAUGUUUUCUUGGCCAAGACUGCGUGACGCCGAUCCGCUGUUGAGAUGUGAAAUGGCUUCCACUGGAGAGGUUGCUUGUUUCGGAGCCAAUGCCAAAACCGCUUUUCUCAAGGCUUUGAUGUCAACUGGCUUUCGUCUGCCUAAAAAAGGCAUUUUGAUUGGUAUUCAGCAAUCCUUGCAGCCAAAGUUCCUACCAACGGCCAACAAGCUGCACCAACUAGGAUUCACUCUGUACGCUACAGAGGCCACAGCACAGUAUCUGAAUGAGCACAAUAUCCCAGCGGAGCCUGUAGAAUGGCCGCUACACAGCGUCGGUGUCAAUCCAACAGCUACCAGACUGAUCCAAGACAAAGAAGUCGACCUCGUGAUCAACUUGCCCAAUCAGAACACCAAAUACAUCAAAGAUAACUACCUUAUAAGGAGAUCGUCCAUCGACACUGGGGUUCCACUCAUUACCAAUUUAGAGGUUGUGAAGAUGUUUGCCGAAGCUCUCUCGGAGACUGGCAAAAUCGAUGCCACUUCUCUCUUCCACUACCAGAAGUCGUCAAACAGAAAAGCAGUGUCCUGAAAAAAAAAAAAAAAAAAAAAAAAGACGCGAUAAUCUCCCGAAAAAGUUCAUUAACUUCUGAAAACUUCCUGUAUUUAAGUAGCGACGUUUCGCCCCGAAAAGUUAAGCUUCAUCUGAAAGUAAUAUUUUAGCCGUCAAACGGUGUAAUUCCUAAGAAAAAAAAAUUGUCGGGUAAAUAUUUUUGUAGUAGUGUUAUAAACUAUAAAUAGCAAGGGCGGAAGAAAAUAAACAAGACGCAUUAAAUGCC